AUGUCUCCCCAUCGUUACUCUACAGUGUAUGCCUCGGCCCCGGCGCUAUCGUCCAGCAGGCCUGGCACGUCGGCGCCGCUCAAGGUCGAUCCCGAGGACAUCGCCUGUCGGGCGACGCAGAUGCUCGAGCUGCUGUCGGAAGAGAACGCGGCGCUGCGCGCUGAGCUCGACCAGUACUACUGCAAGGUCUCCAAGCUACAGAAGCUCGAGCUUGAGAUACAGCGUCUGCACGAGGGACACGACGCGCUGGCGCGGUCCCAGCAGAAGCGCGAGCGAUUAGAGAGGGCGCUGCGGGUCAAGCUCGAGGCGGAGGUGCGAAGGCUCGAGGAAGGCAAUAAGCUGCUAAAAGAACAGCUAGAUGCAACGAGAGCCCACGUGUGCAAGUCGGAGAAGGGGGAGAUGGACGAGACGGAUCCAGCCAUCAUUCCGCAGCUCUUACAACAGAGUAAAGAAUUAAUCGCAUUGAAAGAGCAUCAAGAGAUCGAAUUGGCAGCACAGAGGGCUACACUUUCAGAACAACGCACGCACAUAGACAUUCUAGACAGCGCUCUUACUAGUGCCCAGUCUAACAUUGUCCGAUUAGAGGAAGAGUGUCGCAAAAAGCAGACGUACGUUGACCGGGUAGACCAUCUGCAGAGGGCGCUAGGAUCACUGCAACUGGCAAGUAAUAAACGUGAACAAGACGAGCGGCAGCUUCGAAGCAAGCUUCAACGGCAGCUUGGGUCUAUGCGGGAGCAACAGGCCAUGACAACAGGGAGCAGCACAGAACAGGCAAGAUUGGAGAUGACAGGGAGUGGCACCACACAAGUGGCAAGAGCUGAGACUGCAGGCGGCAGCACUCAACUGGAUAAACCAGAGAUGAUCAGAAGCAGUACACAACUGACGAGAUUGGAGACAUCAGGCAGCAACAGUAGUACACUGCAGGAGAGCACGAUACAGCAUCAAGGCAGCACACAGCAGGAUAAUACUGUGACAACAGGGGGCAGCACACAGCAGGAUAGUGGCGUGACAACAGGGGGCAGCACACAACAGGAUAGUGCCAUGACAACAGGGGGCAGCACACAGCAGGAUAGUGCCAUGACAACAGGGGGCAGCACACAGCAGGAUAGGGCCGACACAACAGUGGGUAAUAUACAGCUAACAGGCAAAACUGCUCUAACGGAGGACACACUGAUUAUCGAGCAACCUGAACUUCUACAGUGGGAGCUUAGAGAGGCUGAGAUGAUGCAGAAGAGCAGAGAGAAGUUGCUGACUGGUCCUCCGUUAGAGAAACUGCAGCAUAUGGAACAGUUGGUUGGCAUGCAACACAAGUGCACGAGUCUAGAGUGCCAUUUGGAGGACUCGAAGACGCAGCUAGCGGAACGAGACGCCAUGAUCAAGCACAAUCUCCAGGAUGUCGCAAAGCUGUGCAAGGGUAGAUUAAAGGCAGUCGUAGACAAUCUCCCCAGUGAAGAUGCCUUCCAUGCGCUGCUGCUGGAGAGCUUAUGA